AUGGAAGGAGAAUCCAGUUUUUCCGCUGUUGCACCACCAAUCUUCGAUGGAGAUAAUUAUCAAAUGUGGGUAGUUCGUACGGAAACUUAUUUGGAGGCCUUGGAUCUUUGGGAAGCAAUAGAAGAGGAUUACGAAGUCCCUCCGCUCCCAGCAAAUCCUACUGUAGCACAAAUCAAAUUACGGAAGGAAAAAAAGACAAGGAAAUCAAAGGCGAAAGCUUGCCUAUUUGCCGCUGUAUCUCAAAUGAUCUUCAUCCGGAUAAUGUCCCUCAAAACAGCAAAGAAAAUUUGGGAUUAUCUCAAGGCCGAAUAUGAAGGAGAUGAGAAGAUUCGUGGAAUGAAAGCCCUAAAUUUGAUUAGGGAUUUCGAGUUGCAGAAGAUGAAGGAGUUGGAGUCGGUGAAAGAGUACUCUGACAGAAUUCUCAGCAUUGCCAACAAGGUGAGAUUGCUUGGUUAUGUUUUAAAUGAUUCAAGGAUCGUUGAAAAGCUGCUAGUCACCGUUCCAGAGAAGUUUGAAGCCACCAUUACUACUCUGGAGAACACCAAAGACUUGUCAAAGAUCUCUCUUACAAAGCUCUUGAAUGCUUUAUAA